GGUAAAAAGUACUUCUGUACUGUACAUCUCAGGUAUCUACUUCCGGAAGUACUUCCAUACAACAAAAAUGGAGGUAUGUAGCUCUCAGACCUACUUCUGGAAGUACGUAAAUACUUUCGUAAUGAACUUUACUGUUGCUUCACUAGCUACUCAAAUGAUACUGUUGUUCCAAGACGACAAGCUAUGGACUGGGCAAGGCCUUGAUUUAUACUUCACCACUUCAUUCACCAAGCCGACUACGGAGUAUUUGUGUUGACUUUUAAUAGUUUUACAUUUUCGCAAUAUGGCCACAUGACAGCGAGUGAACUUGCGUUUGCCAUAAGACAGGGUCUCGCCGAGUUGAAAUAAUGAAGGUUACUAACAUGACCACGAAGACGGACUUCUAUCAAACGAACCCACCACUUAGAAAGUAGUUGCCAAUUUGGAUUUUAUGUCUGACCUGGGUGUUAUCUUUUCGAUAAAAUGUGCCCAAAUCUACGCUAACUGAGCUGUCAUUGGCCUCAAUGUCUAGUUUUCCCUGCAGCUCAAACAUACCGCGUUCGCGAGUAGCCCCUCGAGUACACCUGAUCCUGAGAAAGACACUGAUUGGCUGGUAAGCUGACAAGCGCUUAUUCACUUAAUACCUUAAAGACAUACACAACGUAUUUAGCCAGGAACUGAUCAAGAGGUUGCUGAAGGAGUUCGUUCGAGUUCGGAAUAUUAACCAGGGCCCUGCGGUUUG